CUCUUUACUUUAUAAAGAACCUAUCCAAUUUGACGUUUAAUUGACUUUUUGCUGUUAUUUCAUAGAAUUUGAACUUGCUGAAGAUGCCAAAGCUGCCAUUGAUAAUAUGAACGAAUCCGAAAUCUUUGGACGCACGAUCCGAGUAAAUAUUGCAAAACCAAUGUUUUCAAAUAAAGAUGGGCUUCACCAUAGACCAGUGUGGGCGGAUGAGGAUUGGUUGAAGAAAUACGCGAUGAAGGAAAACGAGGAAGAAGGAGGGAAGACGGAGGAAGGGAGCGAAGUGGUUGAGAAAGAAAAAGUAAAGAAUCCCAAGGUAUUCUUCGAUAUAAGGAUUGGCGGUCAAUACACAGGUCGAUUAUUGAUGGAAUUAAGAGCUGAUGUUGUUCCUAAGACUGCAGAAAACUUUAGAUGUCUAUGUACUCAUGAAAAGGGGUUUGGGUAUAGGGGAAGUACCUUUCACCGUAUUAUUCCGCAAUUUAUGUGCCAGGGUGGGGACUUCACGCAACAUAAUGGGACAGGUGGGAAGUCAAUAUAUGGAGGAAAGUUUGCCGAUGAAAACUUUAAGUUAAAACAUACAGGACCAGGCACCCUUUCGAUGGCAAACUCGGGUCCCAACACCAACGGGUCCCAGUUCUUCGUAACCACCGAGAAAACAGAUUGGUUAAACGACAAACAUGUUGUGUUCGGUCAUGUAAGGGAGGGGUUCGAAGUUAUUAAGAAAAUGGAGGCAAUAGGUUCAAAGGACGGGAAACCUCGGCAAAAAGUCACAAUAUCAGAUUGCGGAGAAUUGACGUGAAAUAUUUUGCAAAUAGUAUUGGAUUUCUAUUUGGCAUAGAUAUAAUAACUGAUGUUAUAAUUCUAUGUUGUGAUGAGGCUCGUGUAUAAAUGAAAUAAAGUGGACUUCUUUUGUAUUUAAAAA